AAAAUCCAAUUGUUUACUAUAACACUUAUUAUUGUGGCUUAGUGUGGGUUUUAUUUUUAUUAUUAUUUUGUUAAAGAUGGGAGAGAUCUUCCUGGGUGCUCCAUUCAAGUCAAGUUUAUUGAUGUAGCGCUUUUAACCAUACAUAUUGUUUCAAAGCACUUAACAUCAAAUACAAGAAUAGAGUGUCAGUAAUGUAUAAUUACCAGAUUUAACACUCCAUUUUCAGUUAAAUGAAUUUCAUUAUUGAUUUCAGGGACAGCGUUGUCCAGCUCAGUUCAGUUAAAAUAGUGUCUGUGCAAACAAAUUGAAGACAAUAGCUAGAAAUUAAGUGUGCCCAGCUAAACGAGGAGGAGGCCACAACGCCAAGAAACCAAAACUACAAGUAUGGACAGUACACAGACAUCUGUCGACGACAAUGAUGAUUAUGAAUUAAUCAGUUCAUCAGAUUCAGAUUCAGAAAGCCUAAUAAGAGCCUGGUCUGGCAUGGAUUUCCGGUCUCUGCCACGUUCCUUCAAUUAUAGCAACAGAUCAUUGCCGAAGAAAAAAACACAAUCCCCAGAGCCCAGCUUUGUGUCUAUGAAGAGUGACUGGUCUAUGGAUCCUCCACCUCUUAUAAGUCAUAAAAAGAAAUCAUCAGUUAUAACAGAGCCCAGCUUUGCGUCUAUGAAGAGUGACUGGUCAAUGGAUCCUCCACCUCUUAUAAGUCAUAAGAAAUCAUUACACUUCCGAAAAAGAAGAUUAACAAGAAAGUUGUUACCCAGUACAGUGGAUCAGCCAAAACUUGUGAGUCAUCGACGUGAACAUAAAAUGAUCAAAUCACAUCUAAGAAAGAAAUUUGAGCAUCUGUACGAGGGAACAGCAAAUCGGGGAAACCCAACACUGCUGAAUGAGAUCUACACAGAGCUCUACAUCACAGAGAGUGAGAGUGGAGAGAUCAGUAAUGAACAUGAAGUGAGACAGAUUGAGACACAAUCUAGGAGAACAGCAACAGAGGACACACCGAUCAAAUGCAGUGAGAUCUUCAGAUCUUUACCUGGACAAGACAAAGACAUCAGAACUGUGCUGACAAAGGGAGUCGCUGGCAUUGGAAAAACAGUCUCUGUGCAGAAGUUCAUCCUGGACUGGGCUGAAGGGAAAGAGAAUCAGGACCACAUUGAUUUUGUGUUUCCUCUUCACCUUUGUGAGCUGAACAUACUACAUGACAAGAAAUUCAGUCUAAUUCAACUGAUUGAUUUGCUCUUUCCAAAAUUACUGAAGCCAGAGACCCUUGAGCAGUCUCAGAUCCUCUUUAUUUGGGAUGGACUUGGUGAACUUAGAUUUCCUCUUAAGUUUAAACAUAUUAAGACAUGCACUGACCCAAUGACACCGGUCUCUGUAGGCUGCCUGCUGGUCAAUCUUCUCAAAGGGAACCUUGUUCCUCAUGCCCAGAUCUUGGUCACUUCAAGGCUGAAAGAUGCAGGUCUGAUUCCUCCAGAACAUGUACAGAAGAUGUUUGAACUACAUGGGUUUGAUGACUUAGAGUGGGAAGAGCACAUCAGAAGUAAAGUGCGUGAUCAAACCAUUGCUGAAAGAGCAACUGUUCACCUGAAAUCAUCCAGAGCCCUGUACAUCAUGCGCUCCUUGCCAUUCUUCUGUCAGAUGGCUUCCACUGUUUUAGAAGAGCUUUUUAGUAACAGUUGCACCACAGAUCCUCCUCUCACCCUGACAGAGAUGUUCACACAUUUUCUCCUGAUUCAAACGAAAAGACAUGUAGAAAAGUCUGCUAAAUCAAGCACUGAGGAGAUCCUGAAGCUGGGUAAGCUGGCUUGGCACAUGCUGGAAAAGGACACGUUGAUCUUUAUUGAGACGGACCAGAGAGAAACCAAUACGGAUCCUCUUCUUCCUGUCAAUCUCUCUGAUGACUGGCCCAUGUUUUUCAGAGAACAAAACCUUAUGGGUUUAGGUAGAAUGUACCGCUUCACGCAUCCCAGUGUCCAAGAGUUCCUGGCAGCUUUGUAUGUUGCUGUGCACUAUGAGCCCAGCAAGGGAAAUGUAAUGUCUUUUACACUUGCAGAAAAAGCACAAAAGUUGUUCAAAAAAGUACCAUUUGAUAUGCACAGAAGAGCAGUGGACAGAGCAUUAAAGAGCAAAACUGGUCAACUAGACAUGUUUCUUCUCUUUCUCUUGGGAAUAUCUGCGGGUCCAAGCAACAAGCAACUAUCCAGCUUUUUUCAAAAUACAUCACUUCAUGUAAGGACAGAGGAUGUAGUCAAAUAUAUUAUUCAGAAAAUCAAGGCAAAUCCAUUAUUUGAGAUUUCAGGUAAUCUCUCUCGAUGUUUGGAGGAGCUUGACGUUUCCCUGCCUGUGGUUCACAAACAAGGCCGGGUUGAAUUUCAAGUAGAUGAGGAUGUGCACAUCACUCCUUCAGAGUGGUCACGUGUAGCAACCUCUCUGCUGACCUCUGAGGAUUCAUCACUGACAUUUGACGUCAGAAAAUACGCUAAUGCAGAUGAAGCCAUUACGAGACUGCUGCCCGUCAUCAAGAUCUCCAGAGUCCUCAGACUGGAUGAAGCCACAGAUCUGAGCUGGGCGCUGAUCGCCUCAACCUUGAGAUCACCAGCCAAUCGUAUUCGAGAGAUUGAAAUUGAGAAACAGGCAAAAAGUGAUAUAAACCUGAGUCUAUUAUCCAUUGGUAUGAAAAGCCCUAACUGCAAAGUGGAGAUACUCAGGACACCGUAUUUUGGUCAUUGUAAAGAUUCUGAUCAUCUGCUCUCCGGGAUUUUAUUGAACCCGACGCAUUUGAGAGAACUGAACCUGAAGAGCUCAUUCUUCACGAGUGACCAGACAGUGGAGAACAUCUCUCAAAUCUUAAUGAACCCAGACUGUCAUCUCCAGAAACUUGCUCUACAAGAAAUGGAAACCUUAAACAGUUGUAAGGUCUUGGCCGAAGCUCUCUGUAGCAGUUCUUGUCGUCUGCGAGAGCUGGACCUGAGCAGAUGCUAUCGGAAAUGUGACGAUUGGGGUUUACAGCUUCUGUCCAAGGCGUUCAGACACCCCAACUUCAAAGUAACAGUUCUGAGGUUAGAAUUCCAUUCUAUUGGUCAAGAAAAAAUCUCAACAUUAUUCUCUGCUUUUCAAAAGAACCCUUCACACCUGAGAGAGCUUGAACUACGUUUCUUAAUAUCACCGACUCUUGAUCUUCAGGAGCUUUUCUCUUUGCUGGUGAAUUCUUGCUUCAAACUAGAGACGCUGCGUAUAGUUCAACUACGAUUUGGUACAUUGCAUUGGUCAUUACAGGGCUGUUUUUUAAGGAGCUCAGUUGAAGUAGAGGCUGAUUCUCUUGAAACUCUGGCUUCAGCUCUUGGAUCUUGCAGCCUCAAAUCUCUGGAUCUCAGCAUGUGUGGCCUGACAGAUUCUUCUGUGGAGCUGCUCUCUACUGGACUGAGCAAACCUGGCUGUAAACUGGAGAUACUCAGGGUGACGCACUGCAGCAUCACGGAAGCAGGAGCUGCUUGUUUGGCGAAAGCUCUCUCUUCAAACCCAUCACACAUGCGGGAAAUAGACUUGAGCAUCAAUCCUGUUAAAGGCCCGGGAUUGGACCAGCUCAGAUCGGUUUUGGAAGAUCCAGCAACCCGACUAGAGAGAUUAAUCGUGGAUGGCCUAGAGGAGCAACGGGACAUGGAAACUCUACGCCAACACGCGUGCAAUCUGACUUGGGAUCCCAACACCUCUUCUUCAAGAGUGCAUGUGUCAGAGAAAGAGGAGGCUCUUGCGGUGUAUCAGAGAAACCCAGAACCCGUUCCACGCCAUCCAGAGAGGUUUGAAGUCCCAGGUCAAAUCAUGAGUAAGGAAGGUCUUAGCGGCCGUCAUUUCUUCCAGCUGGAGUGGUUUGGCAGGUGGGCCACUAUAGGAAUGGCUUAUAAAGACAUAAGAAGGAAAGGAAGUUCAGCAGCCUGUAGCAUUGGACUUAAUAAUAAUUCCUGGGGCAUUUUUGUGAGCAACCCCUUUCCUCUCUGUAAAGCUCUUCAUGGAGGAGUAGAGAUGCAGCUCCCUAACUGCUCACCCUGGAGAGUUGGGGUCUAUCUGGACUGGGCGGCAGGAACUCUCUCCUUUUACAACACCACCACAUGUGACAAGACUGAACUCAUUCACACCUUCCGUGCUAAGUUCACUCAGCCUCUCUUUCUUCUGGUCAGUAUAAGUGCUGGAGCUAAGAUCUUACCAGACGUGCCUCCUCCUGUCUGUGUCCAUGACCAUGAUCCCUCGGAUAUGUUUAGGGGCUACAAGGACUGUAAAGGAUGUAACGGAUCAAAGGCUUGCUAGAUAAUCCAGCGUGCUCUCCUUGAGUAGAUGAGCUGAUGGUAGUGGUAUCGUAAUAGUCAUAGUGCUCGAUAUUUUGAAAUUGAGAUGUAUAUAUCAUCUGUACGCUGAAUAAAUAAGCUUUGCAUUGAUGUAUGGUUUGUUAGGUUAGGCUAUUACUACAAAUAGACCUGUUUUGUGGUCCAGGGCCACAGAGAGAGAGAGAGAGAGAGAGAACAGGAGAUCCACCAGAGGGAGCCAUUUGCUUGAAAAACUGAUGUUAAAAAAACAAUCUGUCAUCAGUUACUCACCCCUCAUGUUCAUUUUUGUAGUGAAUUAUACUUUUAAGAUCAAAAUAUCUUUUUUGGAACAACAUUUUUCCAUUGAAGUACAGCGAGAUGGCUUUCAGGACAGUGAUGUACAGUAAAAUCAGGAAUUUAGUGCAUUUAUUUUACACUGUUCUACUGGAUAAGUAGUAGUGUUAAAAACUACAUCCUGAAUCAUUUUUACUCAUCAAAUGUGCCUUUUUGCAAAGAUGCAAGGCUCUAAGAUCACAAGACCUUGCAAUUUUUUGGUAAAAAGUUAUAUAAAACCCCUCAACCUUUACUGCAAUUCAGUACUUUGUAUAAAUAAAUGUAAUGACCAACGUUGUCUGUGUGUAAUAAAGUGCUCAUCUAAGCGCU